AUGGGAAAAAUCCACUGCAAACACAUCUAUGGCAGUGUGGUUGCAUCUGGGACACCGGGGGCCCCGUGCCUGUGCAGAGUCACUGAGAUGAGCCAGGCAUGCAGCUGUGCCCACCCCGCCCACCCUGCUGAUUUGCAUGUCCCAGAGCACAGCCCAGGCCCUGAGGACUUCUUCAUAGGCUGUCACACCCUGUGCAGGACUCAGUCCCAGUCAGGACACAGCAUGGACAUGAGGGUCCCCGCUCAGCUCCUGGGGCUCCUGCUGCUCUCGCUGCCAGGUGUGCGAUGUGACAUCCAGGUGACCCAGCCUCCACCCUCCCUGGCUGCCUCUUUAGGCGACACAGUCACCAUCAGUUGCAGGGCCAGUCAGGGUGUUAGCAUGAACUUGGACUGGUUUCAGCAGAAACCAGGGAAAGCUCCUACUCUCCUGAUCUAUAAUGCUAAGAAUUUGCACUCUGGGGUCCCAUCGAGGUUCAGCGGCAGUGGAUCUGGGACAGAUUUCACUCUCACCAUCAGGAACCUGCAGCCUGAAGACUUCGCAACUUAUUUCUGUAUGCAGCAUAACAGUAACCCUCCCACAGUGAUUCAAGCCAUAACAAAAACCUCCCAAAGAAGCAGAAGUGUGAGCCUGGGCUGCCCAGCUGCUCCUCCUGGUGCAUCUAUUACAGCUUUCAUUUGUGACUUCAUCUCAAUAGAUGUAAUACAGUAUAGGAACAGAGGAAAAAAGGAUAAAAACUUACAUCAUCAUCUCAUCAGACAUGGACAAAGCCCUUGA